AUGGUGAAAAAUCACAUUGCCAGAAUUGCACACCAGAAAGCGACCACAAAGGCAACUGCAUUGCCGCUUCCGAAAGAUCGACCCAAAAAUUUUCAAGAACUCACAAAGGAACAGAAAGUUGAGGCACUCACACAACUUACUACCUGGCGACAAAAUGCUUGGUUCUUGCUUCCCAAACCUCUGCGGCAGAAUCUCACCCCGGGACAAAUCCUUAGCAAUGGAGAGAUUAAAAAACUCACAGAACACCUGCAUUCCUUCACAGUGGAACCGAAGCUACUCAACUACUUGGCAGGGUUGAGUACCAUCUCACGGAUGACGCCAGCCCAGCGAAACUCUCUGUGGGACCUUAUCCAGAGGUUGAACAACCAGUAUGCAGCACAGAACCAGAAACGUGUGCUGACAAACAAGGUCAAGAAGGUGGUGGGAAGCAAUGAGGUCGCUGAAGGGAAUGGAGACAGAAGUGAAGGAAUGGAUGGAUGUGAAAAUGGGGUGAUGGAUGGAGGUAGAACCAAAGCAAUAGGUGGAGGCAGCAAUGACUUGAUGGGUGGAAGAAUACAGUGUGUUCAUAUGAGUCAGAAUACAGUGGUUGGGGACGUGGUCACUGGGCCACGCGUGAUCAAGCUUACUGAACGUGCAUGGUAUAAUCUAGAAGCAAACAAGAGAUAG